AUGAACCCAACAACACCACCACCCUCCCACCUCCUCCACUCCAUCCGCCAAAACUGGUCAAUCCCCCCAUCAGACCCCCACCUCAUCCCGCCCUCCCUUCUCGCCAACCUGCCCCCAACACACCUCUCGACCACCCUGCUCACCGCCAUACACCGCCUCUCCACCCUGACCCUCGGCCAGCGCGAGCGGGCGUAUAACCUGUUGAAUACGUAUUUUCAAGCGAGGAUGCGCGAGAGAGGCGGUGCAGCUGGAAUGCUGGAAGUGGAGGAUGUGGAGAAGGCGUGUGGGAGUGCGCGGAAGAUGAGCUGUGUUAGGUUGACGGGUGAGGCUCAGAGGGAUCGUGCCGACUCUGUCUACUUGUACGCAUCUGAACGAGAGCAGAAUGGAGAGGGUGUGCGGAAUUCGAUUGAGGACAUGGCAGCAAGGGAAGAGGUGCAGGCGCAGGGGUAUUUGAUGCAGAAGCGACGGGUGGAGCUGGCGCCGAUUGUUACGGCCCAGAGUGGCAUAUCUGCGGUUGCGGAGGCGGAGGCGGAAGGGGCGGUGCUGAGUAGCUUUACGCCGUUGUUUAGACGGUUGAGGGAUGAGCUUGGGAGUGCGAGUGUGAGUGCGAGUGUGGAGUUUGGGUUGGAUGGACAGCAGCAGCAGGGGAGGGAAGUGGCAGAGGGUGAGGGAAGUGGAAGUUGGGGUGCAAAGACGGAUCUGAGUGCGGCACAGCGUGCCGUGCACGAGUUUAAUGUCAGGAGGUUGGAGAUGGAGGGGAAGAAGAGGGAGUAUGAAGAUGCGGCUUGGAGGUUUGAAGAGGCGAGGUGGAGGUUGGAGGGGGUGAGGGAGGGGGUGAUAUCUAAUAGAUGA